AUGGGCACCAGGACAGCUCAUAGAGCCUCCUCUUCAUCAUCAUCCUUCUCCUCCUCAAAACAACAUUGGAUGUACGACGUGUUCUUGAGCUUCAGAGGUGAAGACACACGCAACAACUUCACGGGACACCUCUACAUGGCGCUAAGAGAGGCUGGGAUCAAUGCCUUUUUCCACGACAAUGAAUUACGUAGAGGGGAAUAUAUAACGGCCAAACUUGUGACGGCAAUCCAAGGGUCUAGAAUAUCUGUCAUCGUCUUCUCAAGGAGGUAUGCCGAGUCGAGUUGGUGCCUUGAUGAGCUGGUCAAGAUCAUGGAGAGCAGAACAACACUAGGGCAAACGGUUAUGCCAAUAUUCUACGAUAUUGAUCCAUCGGAUGUAAGAGAACAGAGGGGCAGCUUUGCUCAAGCAUUUGAGAAACAUGAAGAGAACUUGUUGUUAGGUAGAGAGAAUAAGGUGGUGAGGUGGAGAGCUGCUCUUAUUGAAGCUGCAAAUUUGUCUGGCUGGGAUCUCAGGAACGCUGCAGAUGGGUAUGAAGCGAAGUUUAUUAGAGAAAUUAUUGAAGGGAUUACUAGAUGGCUGCUGAUGAACGAGACAAUCUCGUCGGUAGUUGACUACGCUGUUGGACUAAAUUCUCGGGUGCAAGAUCUGAGUAACUAUUUAGAUGUUGGAUCAGAUGACGUUCGCAUAGUUGGAAUUUUGGGGAUGGGUGGAAUAGGCAAAACAACACUUGCCCGAGCCAUUUAUAACCAAUUUUAUCACAGCUUUGAAGGUAAAAGCUUACUUUUAAAUGUGAGGGAAACUGCAAAGAAACCAAAUGGACUGAAGCGUAUGCAAGAACAAAUUCUUUCUGACAUCUUGAAACCAACCAAGAUAGGGAGAGUUGAUAUCAAUGUUUUAAAAACAAGACUUAGAUGUCGAAGGGUACUUAUCAUAAUCGACGAUGUAGAUCACAAGGACCAACUAAAUGCAUUGGCUACAUAUCGAGACUCGUUUGGUCCGGGAAGUAGAAUUAUUAUAACGACAAGAGACAAGCAUUUGCUAGAGCUAUUUCAAGUGGAUAAAAUAUAUCAUGCUCAAGAAAUGAAUGAAGAAGAAGCUCUUGAGCUUUUUAGCUGGCAUGCCUUCAAAAACAAUCGUCCUAAUGCAGGAUAUUUUAAACUCUCAAAAUGUGUUGUUGCGUAUUGUGGAGGUUUGCCACUUGCUCUUGAAGUUUUAGGUUCUUUUCUAUUUAGAAGAAGCACUAGAGAGUGGAAAAGUACAUUGGAUAAACUGAGAAAAAUUCCUGCCGGAGAUAUUCAGAAACAACUCAAAAUAAGCUUUGAUGGGCUUAGUGAUGAUAAAGAGAGGGACAUAUUCCUUGAUAUAUCUUGUUUCUUUAUUGGAAUGAACAGGAACUAUGUCACACAAAUAUUAGAUGGUUGUGGGUUUUUCCCAGAAAUAGGACUAAGUGUCCUUAUUGAACGGUGCCUUAUAACUGUUAGUGAAGAAAACAAGUUGAUGAUGCAUGAUUUGCUUCGAGACAUGGGCAGAGAAAUUGUCUAUGAAGAAUCCCUUAAUGAUCCAAGAAAUUGUAGUAGAUUGUGGCAUCCUGAAGAUGUGACAGACGUACUGAAAAACGAAUCUGGAACUGAAGAAAUUCAAGGAGUCACUCUAAAUUUGAUAAGAUCUGAGAAGGCUACUUUCAGUACACAUGCAUUUACAAAUAUGAAGAAAUUGAGAUUGCUCAAACUCAACUAUGUAGAGCUCACAGGAGAAUACAAAUAUCUUUCCAGAAAGUUGAGAUGGCUCUGCUGGCAUGGAUUCCCUCUAAAGAUCAUACCAAACGACUUUGAUCAACAAAACCUAGUUGCCAUGGAUCUGCGGUACAGCAACCUCAGACAUUUUUGGAAGGAUGACGAGCAAUUGCUUGAGAAGUUGAAGAUUCUUAACCUCAGUCAUUCUUAUCAUCUAUUGGAAUCACCAAACUUUUCUAAACUCCCAAAUCUUGAGACUUUGAUACUCAAAGGAUGUAAGAGUUUGUCUAAGGUUCACCAGUCUAUUGGACAUCUCGAAAGACUUGCUUCGGUGAAUUUUAAAGACUGCAGAGUGCUUAAGGAUCUCCCUAGGAGUUUUUAUGAAUCAAAAUCUAUUGAAACUCUUAUUCUUGUUGGUUGUUGGGAAUUUGAAAACUUGGCUGAGGACUUAGGGGACAUGGUAUCAUUGACAACUAUUCUUGCAGAUAAUACAGCCAUAAGAAAAAUACCAUCUUCCAUAGUACGAUUGAAGAACCUGAAAUAUUUAUCUCUUUGUAGCCUGAGAUGGCGGUCACCAUCUAACUGUUUACCCUGUCCCUUCUGGUCUUUGCAAUUACCAAGACCGUAUCGAAAAUCCAAUAAUCUAUUUCCUCCUUCAUUACGGGGCUUAUACUCUUUGAGAGAAUUACAUCUUAGAAGCUGCUAUUUAUUUCAUGAUGCUCCUGCUGAUCUUGAGAGCCUAAAAUCUUUGGAAGAAUUAGAUCUGGGAUGCAAUAGUUUUCAUAGCCCUCCAUAUUUCAGUGGCCUUUCCAAACUUGAACAUCUAUCAUUAGAUAAUUGCAAUUUCACUAAUGAGGAAAUUGAUUCUAUGAAUAUUGGGAGUCUAACUUCUUUAUUAGCUUUAAACCUGGAAGGAAACAGCUUUCAUUGCCUUCCCGACCUCAGCAGCCUUUCCAAGCUUGAUUGUCUGAUAUUGAAUGAUUGCACAAACCUUCGUGAAAUGCCAAAAUUACCAACAAGUUUGACGCAGCUGGUUGCGGAUGACUGCACUGCAUUGCAAACCAUGCCAAAUUUUUCAGAAAUGUUGAAUAUAGACACAUUGCAUCUAAGUCAUUCGCAUAAACUUAUUGAGUUUCCAGGCUUGGAUACAGCAUUAAAUUCUAUGAGAUUGAUUCGGAUGGAAGGCUGCACCAAUAUUAGUUCUACUGUUAAGAAGAACCUUUUGCAGGGAUGGAAUUCGAGCGGAGGUGGUGGCCUUUAUCUCCCUGGAAAUGAUAUUCCGGAGUGGUUCACUUAUGUCAAUGAGGGCGAUGAAGUCUCUUUUGAAGUGCCUCAAGUUUCUGGUUGUAACUUAAAAGCGUUGACUGUGUGCACCGUUUAUAAGUGUUUACAGGAGGAAAAAUCUAAAUUAUAUAUCUCCAUUUUUGUUACAAAUCAUAGCAACUGCACUAGUUUUCUUGUCCAGCCGACAUAUCCCUACACAACAAUUUCCCAUGAAGUUAUUUGGCAGGGGCAUUUGUCAAACAAGGAUUUCAAUUUGGAAGGCGGAGACUUCAUUGAGGUUUGUGUUGCAUUUGGAUCUGGUCAUACGGUGAAGAAGAUAGGAGUCAGUCUUUUAUGGGACAAAUUUAUAUAUGAUACUGACUCUUUUAUUGCGUGCAAGUCUGUCCCAUAUGCUUAUUCUCUUAGAGAUGAUGAAGAUGACGAUGAAGAAUAUGAUGAAGACGACAACGAUGAUUAUUAUAAGGAUGAUGAUGAUGAGGAGGAGGAGGAGGACGAUGAUGAUGAUGAUGAUGAUGGUGAUGAGGAUGAUGAUGAAGACGGUGACGAUGAUCAUGAGCCAGAAAUCAAGUUCAGUGGCCUUUAUGAUGAUGAGGCAGGACCAAGCCUCCGCUCAUCUGACCUCAAUAUUGAAAUGAGAAGAAUGAACAUGGAAGAAAGCUGA